AGCGUUUUUAAUUUUAAUUUUUGUUUGAUUGCUCAAAAUUUGGUCGAAAUGCCUCAUUAUAAGGAAUUAAAAUUGGGCGACGUAUGGCGCACCUGCAACAAAAUAAGAGCGGCGAUUUUUCGCAUGGGAAUCAAUUUGUUCGACUACUUUUCCCGAUUAGAUCCCCAUAAUAAUUGCUUGAUAUCAGAGUCCCAAUUUAUUUCCGUUAUAAACGGCCAACUGAGAGCCAUUAUCGGCCUAUCGGAACAAGAAGUCGGCGAGCUCGCCGAUUAUUUUAGGGUGCCCGAUGGAAGAAUUUACUACACCCAAUUGUGCGACGUUAUUCACAACAGCGUGCCCCAGUUCAGCCAAAAUGCCCCUUUAAUCACCGGCUUGGAAUGGGAGGAUCCCUUGCACACUAACAGAUUGAGCGUGAGCGAAGAGCGGCGUAUAAGCAUUCUGCUUACGAAAAUCGCCACUUUGGUUAAUUUCAGGAAGAUCAUUUUGCGGCCAUAUUUCCAAGAUUACGAAUUGGUUUCGAAAAAUAAUGGAACGAUUUCUAUCGCGCAUUUUGCGCGAAUACUGGCCUAUUUGGAAAUCCUCCUUUCCGCCGACGAUUUUAAUUUGCUAGUAAAGAAAUUCAUUAAAGAUAGCUACACCGUGAAUUACGUGGGAUUCGUAUUGUCCAUUGAUGAAAUCAUAAACUACCUCAAUUCGCAUGGCAUUAUUGAUUUGUGCGGGGAUUUAAUGGAUCUAUUCCCCGGAAAGGUAAUUACGACGGAAUUACCGAAAUUACCCCGACCCGAAAUAGGUAAAAUCAUGGCCGCCCAAUUGUUCGGCAAACAAAACGUUUUUCAUCCGGCUUUGAAGGAACCCAAAAACAUCGAACACAUCUUAACCACUAUUUCUAAUCUACAAGAUCACGUUUUGAAGAACCGAUUGAGAGUAGCGGAGUUUUUUAGAGAUUUCGACGUAUUUAAAUGCGGUAGAAUAACAGUGGCGCAAUUCAUAAGAGGUCUAGAUGCGCUAGUUUUAUGUGGCAGGCAAAGGUUUUUCCUAUCCCUGCCGGACGUUGAAGCGAUUGUAAAUCAAUACAGAGAUCCGAUGGAUUUCAGCAGAGUGUGCUGGAGAACCUUCGAAGACGAUAUAGAGCACGUUUUCACCGUUAAAGAAUUAGAAAAGUACCCGAACGUUGUCGUGGAAUCCCCGCCGCAAAACGUUAAAGAACUACCACCGUUGGGUGGAAAAAACUGGCAAAAAGUCAAUACGAAAAGCAGAGAUUUGUGCGAAGAAGCCGUACAGAAAGUGAAGCACAAGAUAACCCACCGAAGGAUUUUAUUGAAGCCUGUUUUCAGGGACUUCGAUAAAUUUAACAACGGCCAUAUCAGCAGAGCCCAAAUGCGACAAGCGUUCGAUUCGAACGCGAUAUUCCUCUCGGACGAAGAAAUAGCAGCGCUAGAAGAUAGAUACAACAACGACGUGGGUUUCAACUACUUCUGGUUCCUCAAAGACGUGGAAUUCGCCCAACAGGAACCUCUGUACAAACAAUUCAACGAAGAUUCGGUGAAAUUGAGCGGCGACAAGCCGAGGAAACCGCCGACGAGGCAAGAGAAAGACAUCGUCGUGAUAAUGGCGAAGAUCAAGCGCAAAGUGGUCGGCGAGAGGAUCCGCGUGGUGGAAUUCAUGAGAGGCUUCGAUAAAAUGAACUCGCAAUUCAUCACGAAAAACGAAUUCAUCCGAGGCCUGUCGAACUGUCGGUUCACUUUGAGCGAAAACGAAGUCGAUACCAUUUGCGAAGUAUUCGGGUCGCCGUUGCGACCGCACUGCGUGGAUUACAAGCGUUUCUGCGACGCCGUCGAAGAGUCGUUUACGCAAUUGUGCUUGGAACGGGCGCCUUUGGUCGUUCCCAUUCAGCACAUACCGACCAAAGAUUGCGAAAAGAACUUCCUGAACUUCGACGAGCGAAUCCGCCUGUCCGUGGCCAUGCAGAAACUCGCCACCAAACCCGAUCUACAGAUGAAUCUCAUGUCCCUGUUACAAGAUUUCGACAAGGCCAAAAUGGGCGCAGUAUCGCCAGCCAACUUUUUGAAGGCCCUAAACAACAGAGGCAUGGACAAAUUGAUAUCCAGAAACGAAUUCGACAUCAUAUGCAAAUGCUUCGGAUUCGAGAAAGGCUGGAAGAAAGAGGUCGAUUACAAGGCGUUUAUGAAGGCACUAGACAUACUGCACGCCACCGAAAAGUACAAUCCCUUCUAGGUUGUUACUCGAAU